AUGAAGACCUUCACCUUGCCUAUUGUCCUCGGCCUCGUGACGCUCGCAACUGCUCGCACCGACAUCAGCGGCUGCAUCUCGUCGCAGACGACCAACCAGUGGCAUGAAGCCAGCAUGAUCUGGUAUGUCCCCGACACUGGCGAGAUCUGCGACUUCGUCGACUGUGGCGGUGGCCGGGCUCCCCCCAAGACUGACCAGCCUGGCUGCCCUCUCUACACGGGCACUGCGACGUUAACCUCGAGCUAUUUGCCUGGAUAUGGCCCGAGCGGCAAGAUGACCGCGGCCACCACGACCGUGUCGGAAACCUCGUCCGCGACCAAGUCGCAUUCCUCCGAUAGCACUUCUGUGACUCAAGACGGCAGCAGUAUGGUGACUACCGCUCCGACCACUUCCCCGGUAGUUUCAAUGACCACUACGACUUCGCCCGUCUCGAACUCCGGGAACUCCACUUCCGCGGCCGCUUCUAGCACUCAGACCGGCGGUGCUGCUCAAACUGCGACCUACAAUGUUGCGGGAGUUAUGGCUGUUGUUGCAGCGGCGCUUGGUGCAAUUGCCCUGUAA